CCGCUUUAAUUCCGCUUCCGGCCAGACGGAGGAGUCUCUUUGCUGAGGUCACAUUGAGCUGCGAGCGGCUUCAGGGGCGCCUUUAGGAAUCAGCAACAUGGCAGAAGACAUCAAGACAAAAAUCAAGAACUACCGGACUGCUCCUUUUGACAGCCGCUUCCCCAACCAGAACCAGACCAGGAACUGUUGGCAGAACUACCUGGACUUCCACCGCUGUGAGAAGGCAAUGACUGCGAAAGGGGGUGAUGUCUCUGUGUGUGAAUGGUACCGGCGUGUGUACAAGUCCCUGUGCCCUUUAUCCUGGGUUUCGGCUUGGGAUGACCGCAGGGCAGAAGGCACGUUUCCUGGGAAGAUCUGAACUGGGCAUCCUCCAUCCUUCUCCCAGGGAGGUGAAGGGGGGCUUGGGAACACCCCACCCUAGAAUCCUGAAUCAUGGCUUAACUAAUAAUAAAUACUUGUUGGAAAAAUGUAA